UUUCUCCUUUCCACUUCCUCUUUCAGUAGCUUCCUGGUCUCUCUCGUAUUUAUCAUCCAAGUCUUCCGUCUACUUUAACAUGAAGUACUCUGAAACUGCAAAAUAAGCAAUGGAGAAGUCUUACAAAGAAUUUUAGGGCCGGAAGUAACAGAAUGCGAAAUGAAAACAGAAAUAUCAUACACGAAAUGGAAGUGAAUAAUGAGUCUCAAAUUCCAAAUGGAAAAAGCAAAUCGACAGAGGAUGGAUCAAAGUAUGGCAGAAUGGACCUAGCAGAUUUUGUCACAGAAGUUGAUAAAUUUUCUAGUCUUAUUGAACCCAUUGCAUUUGUUGUUUAUUGCAUUGAGGACAUACGAAAAUGGAAGUACACAGCGAGUACUCUGGUGGUGUGGUUGGUGUGCAAUAUUGGUUGUCUUGUCGUAACAAAAGGUGCUGUGUUCACUCUGAUGUCCCUCCUAGUUAUAUGUAUUGCUACAACAUCACUUGUACAGUUACACACAAGGAUCCUGGAUAAAUUUCUUCCUGCUACUUCACCACAGAAGGAGGAAGAGGAUGUAGAAGACGAGGAAGCAAUGAAAACUGUCCAACAAUUCCGUUACAGCCUCCUUCAAAUGUAUGAUUUCAUUGUGUUAUGUAAUGAUGGACUGACACAACUCUACAAAAUUCUCAAGUGGGACAAUACUCUGGCAUCUCUCAGAUUUCACGUGGAAAUCUGUGUGUUCCUGUUGAGUUUGGUAGUCCUGCCCACAAGAGGAAUUUGUUUCAUGUUGAUAAACUGGUUCUUCCUAGCCAAUGAAGUGGUCUUUAACAAACUGCUAAGAUAUGGAGAGAGGGUCUGGGGAGUUACUCUGUCACCGAUACCAAUACUGGACAAAGGACCCAUGAAGUACACUGUUUUGGUAGACGAUCAACAGAUGAGCAAGGAAGAUGACACGAUGAGUAGGGGAGAUGACACAAAGGAGCAAUCAGAUAAUGAUGACCCUAUUCACCUGGAAAUCAUGUCUGAAGACUCGGAGCUAAAGAGUUCCAUCUACUCUAAACCCAGCAUGGUGGAACGUCUGCUGGAACUCAGAAAGAGAAGACAACACAUUGCUAAUGAAACGUGUCACAAAUGUGAUGUUUCCUUUGCUUCAAUAUUAAAACGAAGAUUUUAUUGCCGACACUGUGGAAACAACUUCUGCUCUAAAUGCUGUAACCAGAAAGUUCCUAAGUCGAUGUUUGGUGCUACAGCUCCUCAGGCCCAGACUGAAAUGGUCCUGGUUUGUGGCGUUUGUUAUGACCUACUUAUGAACCAAUCAGACAAGGAUAAGCAAAGUUAAUCGGCAUUGGGAGGAUUGAGAAAUCAUAAAAUCUAGAGCAAGACUUUCUGGAAUCCCACCCAUCUCAAAUCGUAGAUGAAUCACUGCCAAGAUGUUUUUUAUUUUGUUUUAUGUUGUUUGCAAAUGACUUCUGUUUUGAAGGUGUUUGUUUGAGGCACAGAAAAAGUAUUGGUGUUUACCAACAAAUCUGACAAAUCAACAGCAUAAAUUCUGUCCUAUACUGUAAAUUAAAAUAUUUUAGCAUGCAAGAAACAACUGCAAGGUUUUUAAGCAGUGUUUUCACACAAACCAGUCAUUUUGUUUAAUAUGCAUAAAAUGCAUAUUUUGGCUUGUUGUGAACAUCUUUGCUUUAUGCAAAAAAGACAGCAGCAACUAUUAAUUGAUUGACAGUAUUUGAUAUCACUUUGCUGGGAAUGCUGUCAGAGAAGUUAUUUAUUAAGAUUGUUUUAUCAGUCAUAGUGUAUCCUCCUUUUAUUUCUGUUUGCUCCAAUGUUUACAUAAAGAUGACAUAAUAACCUAAUUUUGGUGAUAGGAAAAGUUUUAACAUCUCCAACUCUCAUUAAUUCAACUACAAUUAUUGAUCAAUUCAUAUAGCGUAUAAGUGGAAUUUUCAGUGAGACAUGGAUUUUUCCAUAAAAAUGUGUAUACAUGUACAGUGAUCCCCCGCUAUAUUGCCCCCCGUUAUAAUGCCAUCCCCGCAUAUCGCCAAAAAAGUUUUCCUCGCUAUGUAAAACCCCGUUAUAUUGCCAUCCCCUGCAUACCGCCAACCUAUUUACAGGUACGAUUUGGUCAAUUACCAUUAUAAUCACCCCCGCUAAUUAUCACCAAUCAACGUCAGGACAAUUUCAGUGAGCAGGCUUAGGCAAUUAUCCGCUAUUAGUCCUCAAGGUAUCAAAGUUUGGAGCAGAUAAUAAGAUAUGUAAAUUAUAAUCAACUGAGUUCAAAUACGCAGUAUUGUUUUUGAAAUCGGAGUAUGGCGGAUACACUGAAGUCUAAGCGUGUUGGACAUAAAACAAAAACUGGAAAUCAUUAAAUACCCCUACCAUUACUAGUCAUUUACGACCACUGGACGCCGGGAUUAUCCAGGCAUUCAAAGCACGAUGUAGUAGAUAAAAUUUGUUUGAUUUCUUAUGACACCUGUACACAUACCCCCUCCCCCGAUAUAAUGUCACCCCCGUUAUAAUGCCAAAAUUGCCGAGGUACAAAUGUUGGCGUUAUAACGGGGGAUCACUGUAUACAUUUAGCAAGAGCUAAUUUUAUUGACUUCAUAAUUCCAAGAAAGGUAAUUGUUACCUCUGAUACGGAAUAAAUUGUAUUAGUGAUAUUCAAUUUUAGCAAUCUCAACAUCCUUGCUAAUAAUGACAAAAUUGAAUCUUUGCUAAAAAUUCUUAUAAGGAAUGGUAUACAUAUUUCUGGCUGUGUAUUCUUUUUAGCACAGUGAGUUUCCACUAGAUAGUGUACAAUCAGUUUUUGCACUUCAUACAAAAAAGAAGUGAUGAGUGAUAUCCAUAUCAAAUUUCCCUGUAUAAUUCUGCUAAAUAUUGUACAAGCUAUCUGAAAUGGGUGUGCAGUAUACAUAUUUGUGUUAUGAUUUUUUGUUUGAAUUGAAACGUCCAUUGUUUGAAUUUGUUAGUUUGAGAUCUUUUGCACAGUAAUUAUUUAUUUCACUCGUUUCUUCUGUCAUGUUCAAGGUAAUUAAAUAUUCAGGUUUUGAGUGUUUUGUUUUAAUGUGGAUUAUAGCUUCAAAGCAAAAUGUCAAAUGUAGUUAAAUGACAUUUUUUUUUUAAAUUUGCUGAAAUUUCUACCGGUUCUCUACGAUAACAGUAUUUUUGGCCUAGAAAUCCUGAUUUGAAUUGUAUGAUCUGCGACCUGUACAAUUAUAUGAACCGAACCAUACAUUUUGUAUUUGAGAAAAUCCUGCUGUGUCAAUGCUCUUUGUUACGGGUUCCAUAGUAUUUUUUGAAAUCCAGUGCAUUCACACCCGUUUUUGUGAAUUCGUUAAGUUUACUUUGAUGAAAAAGUGUUUAAUAUACAUGCAAGUUGCUUCGUUAAAAAAAAAAAGGGAUCAAAAUUAACUGUGUUUGAACAACAGUAUAGAAAUAUACUGUACAUAUACAUUUUUCCAAGUAGGAUUUGUCAAAAUGAAAACUCUAAAUACAUGUUUAUACACAUAUUAGGCAUAGUAGGUUAUUUUUAAUAAUAGUAUUUAUGGCUUUGCUAUUUAACAGAUUAUUAGGAAUUUUUAUAGCUACUUCUAAAGCAGGAAAUUAAUUAAUUCAUUUGUCUUGAUUGAUAUACAUCCAAAAUCAAAUUUUGUCUUCAUUGGAUGCUGAAUUUAACAUUUUUUGAAAUGUGUCUAGGUGUAGUUAAAAUUUCUAUUGACAUUUUAUGAAAGUGCUCUAUAAUGUACAAAGCAAUAGCUGUUUUUGUUGUUGUUUUUUUCUUUUGGAAAUGGGUAACAUACUGCAUUAUUUGUACAUGUGUUUGCAUGUUUAUUCCCAUUGAUUAAAAGAGUGAUGUAUUUGAAAGAAGGAUAUGCAUUUUGUCAGAUAAAUCUUAGAGUACUGCAAGAGUCUCUGUUAAAAUUCAUUGGCCGGCUCGUGUACAUUGUUGGGUUUCAUCUUUCGUUAGAAACUUAUUUUUGUUGUUUUCAUUAUGAAUCAAGUGAUUGAAAAAGUUCACCUUUUAGGAAGAGAAAGCCAUAAAGGGGAGUUGUCUGCAGGUUUAUGUACCAACAAAACUGUGUUUAUCUGCAGGUCCAUGAAAUUUAGUGUUCACAACAAUGAAACCUCAAUACCUAGUGCAGACAGAGCAAGUCAGUAGUAUCUCAUCAAUAGCCUCAAGCUGGCUGGAGUAGAACGUCUUGUAGAUGCAGGGUGUGUAUGUAGUUUUAAACACAAAAUGGCAAGACUCUUCACAAGAUUAAUUUUGAUGGCUGUUUUCUUAUAAAUGUUAUAAUUGUUUUGUUUUUUCAGCAUGCCUGAUGCUUUGAUGUAGAUUUAGUGUUUUAUUUGUAUUCUUUCUGUUUUUGGUUGUUGGUUUUUUUUUCAGUAUGCCUGAUGCUUUGAUAACCUGUAGAUUUAUAGUGCUUUAUUUGUAGUCUUGUUAAACACUGUGGAAUCAUCAUUGUUCGUGGGGGAUUGAUGUUGUUUGGAUUUAGUGGGUCACUCCUACCCACGAAUUUACUUGUCCUCAAACUUUUCUUUAAACCAAGUAGAGUUAUCUUUCCUAGUGACAACGUAUCACUUACCCACAAAAUUUUGUCUCCACGAACCAGCAAAAUUUUGCUUACCCACGAAUUAUAAUGAUUCUACAGUAAUUGUUUUUAUUUUCAGUAUGCCUGAUGCUUUGAUAACCUGUAGAGAUUUAGUGUUUUAUUUGUAGUCUUUGUCAGAGGUAGUUGUUGCUUCUAGUCCGUUCUCUAGUCUAAGCGUACUGACUUGCCCAUCAUUUGUGGUGUUGGUUUACACACCUUGUAAAUCUCUGUAAAAUUUCCCCUUGUCAUUCUUUAUAAGCAGUUGUUUAUCAGUAUUACAUACCUUGUGAAGGAAACAGUUGUUUUUAAUUAUAUUCAUUAGACAUAUUAUAAAGGUAACAGAAAUACUGAUUGUGCCGUGUUCAACAGGUUAGAUAUACAUACAUCCAUUAUAUACUUCGUAAGAUUUUCCUCUUUUGUACAUAUAUUCAACAUCAGAAUAAGUUCAAUGAUAUGUAAAUUGGUUAGAAAGAAAAUAAAUUUGAAUUUUAUGGUAUUGCUCAACCUGAUUUAUGAAUUUGGAUUGAAUGAAAUUGAAUCAAAUUUUUUGUUUUCAUUUUUAAAAAUAAAUUUGUUAAUACUUUCAGACUGUUUUUAGCCGAUAUUGUUAUAUAAGUGUUUUAAAAGUUGUUGGCAUUUUACAAUGUAUGUGCUUUUAGAGUAAUUUUAAGUGUUCUCAACUUAUCUUAAUGAUCAUGAUCAUUAACUUCCUUUUGUACACAUUUCCUUGAAGGAAACUAACCCGCCCCAACAGAUAAAAUUUAUUUUUCCCAAAGGGCAUGCGGAUACUUGUGAGUACAAUAUGAUAAAUUUACAAUGUUUUUACAGCUAAAUUUAAAUAUUUACAUUAACCUGAGACGUAAAUGAUAGUUACAUGGUAGAAAAGAAGUGUGGGUGUUAAUUAAAAACAAAUUAAUUUUUUUGUAUUGCAGAUCUUUUAACUAGAGUGGUAGUUUACUAAUGAACACUUAUUACUGCAGUGUCUGAGAGAAGGGUUGGGAAUAGAAUGGCUGUUGGUUUUUAGUACAAGAUUUUUAACCUGUUAACUAUGUUUAAGCUAAUUUGUAUUUAUUAAUUUAUUUUUUACACAAUGCAUUUUUACUCAUAUUAUUGAUGUUAGUGAUAUAAGGUUUUGAUUUUUUUGAAAAAGACUUUUAAAUCCUUUUUUAUUAUGUAUUAUAUGCAUUAACAGAAUAUUGCAUGCCAUUGAAUUGUGUAGAUUUUUGUUGAUGAUUUUAUUCAAAUAAUAGAUGAUAUUUGUCUUUAUCAUGCUUGUUCAGUUUCAAUGUACUAGAUUAUAGGCACUAAUUGCAUGUUCAAAUACAUGUAGAUCAAUCUAAUGAAGUCUUAUAAGGGAAACUGGUUUUUAAAAUAUUGGAUUUUAUUGGUUAGAUAUGAUAAGCAAACAUGUAUUGAAUAUUAAACGAUUGUUACAGAUGAGUGCAUUAAAAAAUGAAUUCCUUUCAAACUGAUUUACUUUGUUGACUGAGUAUUUUAUAUUUUUAGAUUGUAAUGACUGAAAUGUAAUGCAAGACUUUAUAUUAGGAAUGUGAAAUGAUAUAUGGACCUCAAGAUCUGUGUUUGUCAUUGAAAUUUUCAGUAUGUAUAAAUAAAGCUGAUUUGAAGCUCAAAUGCCUGUAAAAAUAUUGUUGAAUUAAGUGUUGUGAAUAAAAGUAUGAACAAAA